AUGUUUAAUUCUAGCAAAGUCUUGGGAGUUGCGUAUGCAGGAAUCUCCUUAGAAACCCUGGCCGCAAAAGCGGGAGCAGGGUACGCCAAGACAGUAGAUGCUGCCGGUGCAUCCCUCGAGAAACGCUACCUAAUGUUGUUACCGGUAAAAUUUAGUACGGGUACUACACCUCACGAAUCUAAGAAGGACAAGACCGAUGACAAAAAAGUCGUUACCGUCAGCUAUCAUACCAAAAGCGGGACAAGAUACUUGUCUAUCCAUGCCCAUGAAGAUGGCACCUGGAAAGAGUUUCUCUCUCGUUCUGGAAGGAGUGUUAGGCCGAAGGAUGACUCUGAGGAAAAGGCGGACUCCGAGUCGAAUAAAUAG